AUGACUUUCUCAACUCGAUUUCUUUUGGUGGCUUUGACAGUCUUCUCUAUCACAAGUCAGAUCGAAAAGGCAGAAUGGGUGCCUUUGCGGGAGCUGCAGAUGCUGCCACCAGAAAACCCAACUGUGGAGGGAGCUGUAGACAGCCAUACACAAGAAAAGCACACAGAAUGUGCCCAUCCACCCAAGAUUGCCAUUGGGAUCAUGUCAGCGUUUGACUGGCAAGUUGGUCCAGGAUCCUACGACUUUCGAGAGCUUCGACAGCUACAUCGCGAUACUUGGAUGAAGCAUUCAUCCAUUCGCAAUGGACAGGUGAAGGUAUACUUUGUCAUUGGAAAUCAGCGACAUCCAAGCCAGGGUGACUCGACCAAAGCGGGCCGAAAUAUUACUGAACUGCAUGCUGAAAUGGAACACUACAACGACAUCGUUUUGCUGAACAGUACUGACGUUCACAACUUUGGCAAAAGCAAUGCAUGGUAUAUCUGGGCAGCAAACGAUAUGCCCGCUGAGUAUCAUAUCAAACUUGAUGACGAAUCCUAUGUCGUAAUGGACAAUCUACUCGAGGCCUUGUCCAGUACACCCAAACAGAAGUUUCUUGGUGGUGCUGGGAUUCGUAUGGAUAGAGACUUUCCACCCAUUUCCAAUGAAACAAUCAAGGGCAUUCCGUGGCUGCGUGGUUGGGGAUACAUCAUGUCCCAUGAUUUGAUCCAGGGACUGGUCAACAACUGCUCAGGUCUCCCUUGGAACACGGGAGGAGAACAUGAAGAUGUCUACAAUGCCAUAGCAAUCCAACAUUGCGGCAUGAAUGAUGAUAGGCUAAGUUACUUGGCUGACAUGAAAGUAAAGUCUCUGCGUUCCACUCUCUCAUACGGAUGCCAUAAGGAAGACGUACUGGAAGCCAUCAUUAUUCACGGUGGAAUGGAUCACGGCAACCCGUUUCGAAGGAUCGCUGCCACUACUUUUGCCACCUUGCACAGCAUCUAUCACCCACUGCCAGGGGAUCUAACCUCGGCAUGGAUCAAAUGGGAACGACUGAGAAAGCUGUACUUGCAAGACUUGAAAGCAUGUGAUCAUAAACAUGCUGAUUGGUCGUGUAACCGCCACUGGAAGCUUGCGUCGUGCUUGCAUGAAGAUGAAACACUCACACAAGCUGCAUAG